GUUCUCAACCUCCAUUGAUCGAUCUUCCACGGAAGUAUCAACCAAAUUAAGCCACAAUACACAAAACAUCCAGCUAUGGCUUCCUCAACCAAGCUCUCAUUCGUCUUCUUCCUGUCUUGUUCCCUCUUCCUCCAAGCAACCCUUGGCGAGAUUACAUGCGAGAACUUGCCGACGGAUAUUUGCUCGUUCUCCAUUUCAUCGGCCGGGAAGCGGUGCUUGCUGGAAAACAACUUGGCCGGCGACGGGAAGGUGGAAUUUCAGUGCACGACGUCGGAGGUGGCGGUGGAGAGGAUGGCUCUGUACAUAGAGACCGAUGAGUGCGUGGCCGCCUGUGGGGUUGACCGGAACUGGGUCGGAAUUUCGUCGGACGCCUUGCUGGAGCCGGACUUCACGGCCAAGCUUUGCUCCCCGAGCUGCUACCACAACUGCCCCAACAUCGUCGAUCUCUACUCCAACUUGGCCGCCGGAGAAGGAGUAUUUUUGCCCGACCUCUGUGAGAAACAGCGAACCAAUCCCGAGGGCGCCAUGGUUGAACUGUUGAGCUCCGGCGCAGCGCCUGGUCCCGCCGCCGAGCUAGCCCCGGCUGCAAUCUGAUCAGCUCACUUGUAGAUUGUGAUUUCAACAGUUCUCUCUUUGGAUGUGAUCAUUAGUUCAAUUCAUACGGUCUACGCCAACGAUAAUAGUGAAAGCGCAGGAGGAGUUUGAGUUCAAAUUCGAGUUCGAGUUCGAGU